CCACCGUAUCUAAUUGCUUUCAUCACCCUAUAUUGGAUUAGAGAUGAUGAUGAUGGAGGGUCAGGAGGAAGCUGUUGUUUGCAACGAUCAGUUGCAGAUUAUCAAAGGGAAACGUAGUAAGCGCCCAAGGCAGCUCUCUCCUCUGAGUUUGGCGAUGGAUUCGAGCCCCACGAUGACAGCGACGUCUUCUAGUGGAGGAGAGAGUGGAAGAAACGGUGAUGAUUGGAGGGGGUUUGUUUCUCCAGCUACAUCUGUUGAGUUAGCAGAAAGCACCGAGGAAGACGAAGACAUGGCUAAUUGUUUGAUACUUUUGGCUCGUGGUCAAACGAUAAAAUCGACACCCCAACCAGUUUCUAUGGUGACAACGAGCAAGACGGUGAUCGGGAUAGAUGUUCACCGCUGCAAGACGUGUAAUCGGUGUUUCAGUUCAUUCCAGGCACUCGGCGGACACAGAGCAAGCCACAAGAAACCCAGGGUUGUUAACAAUGAAGAGAACAAUAAAGGGAUGAUGUUUGUGAGUGAGGAUGUUCAUCAGCCGUUCAAUAACAUGAACACAACGCUUUCACUUCUGAUAACGAAUAAGCCUGUUUUAGGCCAUAACAGUAAACCCAAAGUUCACGAGUGUUCAAUGUGUGGCGCCGAGUUUUCAUCCGGACAAGCUCUGGGGGGCCAUAUGAGGAGGCAUAGGACAAUAAAUAAUGUUCCGAUAACGACUCCGACGGCAACGAAAACAAGUAUCGGAACAAGGAUUCUGAGGCCUGAAUCAGAAGAUAAGUCCAACAAAUCAACAACUGUUCUGCAAUUGGAUCUUAACCUUCCAGCACCAGAAGAUGAUCUCCAAAGGGAAACCAAACUCCCAUUAGCUUCCAAGCAGGAAAAGCUACUGCUCUUUUCGGCUUCUUCUUUGGUUGAUUGCCAUUACUAGAAAUGCAAACUCCAUCUUUUUAAUCAAAGUUGUAUUAUUAACAUGCAUUAUUUUCUCAUUGAAAUACCAUCCAUAAUUGUUCAUUAAUUCUUUGAAUUUAACUUGU